GAGUAUCUUCUUUUAUUUAUUUACUUGUUAUAUUUAUAAAACUUUAUUUUCGGGACCUCAUGGUUUUCCUUUUGCAGGAAACGAUUUGAAGAAAGUCUUGAUCUCGACCGACGACGCUGUCCUUUCAGAAAUCAAGACUGCACUCAAGUAUUUUGGCCGACCGAGUCUUCAGAAGUAGGGGAAGGCAGCCCACGUUCUGCUCUACUACGAGCCGACUUAUACGACCUUUUCAGCGGCGAAAAACAUCCCAAUUUCAGAGGGUGAGGAGUCUCUUAUCGCCCUUAUCUUGACUGAUUUCAGAAAUUUGAGGCAAGUCGAUUGCGAGGGAUUAGAUUAGGAGCGAUCGGAAGUAGUUAAGGCCGCCGAGUCAGACCAAUCCGAAACUGAGGUUGACAAGGCUUUGAAGUUAGCAUUUGAAGAAGCCGGCCUCAAUUCGGUUGAUCCUUCGUCUACUUCGGGUUGAGAAGACCGUCCGCUCGACGAUAUUUUUCACGGUGUGGAGGACCUUCUCCGAGCGUUCCCAGAAGAUAUGGCUGGGUUGAGCCUCACUAAACUUGCCAAUAAGGCAAACGCGGAAAUGAUGGCCACGCGGCGAAAGGCGAAGGAGAUUCGGGCUGCCGAGUCUCAGUUCCAGACCUCCUUGCCUGUUAUUGAGGGGACGGCAAAGAACGGAAGUACCGAGGCAGAACCUUUUGUGCAGGCAAGUGUAGAAGCUGAGCAAAGGGUGGAGAAACGCCCUGCCGACGUCGACGCCGGCUCAGAAGAAGACCGUGCCAACAAACGACCUCGUUUGGAGGAGUCGGAUGUGAUUGUACCUUUUGUUAUUCAGCCCAAGAUAAAAAAAUACGCCGAUCUCCUUCGAUGCUUCGGUAAUCAAAGAUCCAGCGGUUGCACUAAUCUUGGCGACAUUCGUUUCACUGCCUGCUGACAAGGCAGCUUUUCGGGCAGAGCCUGAUCUGGUUGCAAUUGGGUUGGCCGCGCAAUCGGCUCUUUUGGCAAUCGGAAUGAUAGUUGACAUGGGCCGUCACUAUCAUGAUGCCGUCGAGCUAAUUGGUCGUUUACAAGCGGAGGUUGAGGGCCAAAGGAGUAAGGCGCAGACGGAAGGCGCCUGUGCCGAGGCCGAGAUGGAGAGGGCCCGCAAUGCUGAAGAAUUGAGAUCAGUUGUCGAGAAGAGGGCAGAUGCGAGCGACGACAUGCUUAAAUUGGCCCAGGAGGCGAUCUCUAAAUUGAAGGCUGGGUUGGAAGAGAUGAAGGCGGCGAAGGAAACAGCCGACCUGAAGGCUUGCAGCGCAUUCGAUGCUGGGAAAAAAUCUGCUUUUGAUGAAUAUGUAGACGAAGUCCCCAAAUUUGAGAAUCGAGGGUUUAAACACGGCUGGCUCAAAGCCCUUGCUACUGCUGAUGUGACAUUGGCUACGCCAAUUCUAUACGAGCAAGUGGAUGUUGAGCUGCUGGAGUCUGACUCCGAGGGCUAAUUUAGGCGGCUCUUGUUUUUAUUUUAGGAUUUGCAUGUAAUUUUCAGCGUUUUACAGCUUUUUGUUUAGUAAUUUUCAUAUGUAAAAUGGUUACAAUUUGUGCCCAAUUUACUUAAUGAAAAUUCAUUUUGUACUAAUGAACGGAAUUAUUUGGUUGCUGUUUUGGAUAAAACGUUUUGUAUACUUGCCGACUAAAUGAUUAGGCCGUUUAGAUAGUUAGGUCGUUUAAAAAGUCAAAAAUCAAUACAUGAAGUGGCUGUGGCACAUAUCAAUUGGCAUGGGGCCAAGAUGCUCGGUCGGUUAG